UGCUGUUAUUUUUAUCUGCCAUCAGAUAAAUAGGGCACUUGGUUGUCUUGCACCUUUCUGAAGCCAUUCCACACACAAAACCACAGGUAAAAUGGAAAAAGGUGAAGGACUUCCUCUAGAUAGUGCAGUUGUACAAGAUAUUCCAGAUAAAAAGAUGGGAAAAGAUGAGGGGCCUCCCUCAGUUGAACCAGAUAUUCCAAAUAGCCCAGCACCACCAUAUCCUGGCUCCCCUUUGGACAGUAACAUGCAAUUUACCCAGCCCGAUGCUGUACAGUAUCAACAAUCGGCUGAUCCGCCAUAUCCUCAGCAGCAAUUUGCUCAGCCUGAUAUUCAGCAGUAUCCACAAGCUUUUGAUCAGCAAUAUCCUCAGCAGCAAUUUCCCCAACCUGAUGCUCAGCAAUAUCAACAAACUGAUUAUCAGCAAUAUCACCAGCAGCAAUUUCCCCAGCCUGAUGCUCAGCAAUUUCAACCACAAUAUGUUAUGCCUGGUAAGCAACCACAACCACAACAACAACCACAAGUUGUGCAAAUCGUUAACCAACAUCAUGUUGUCCAGCCAAUGAACCAGCCGGCAAUGGUGGUGCAACAAAUGCCCACUGAACAUCCUGGAACUAUGAUAUGUCCACAUUGCAGGAGCCAAGUUGUCACUGUAAUUAGUUACAAAGUAGGCUGCUACACCUGGAUCAUUGUUGGAGUGCUGUUUGCAUUUCUAUGCUGGCCUUGUUGUUUGAUUCCCUUUUGUUGCAACUCUUGCAAGGAUGUGGAGCAUUCCUGUCCACAAUGCCACAACAAACUGUACACCUAUGAACGAAAAUGAGACAAAGGUUUCAAUCCUACAGUGACUGAAUAAGAUGAUGAAUCUCAUUAAGGUCGACUGUAAAACAUUUAUGAAGUUUCCCUGAUAUAUUUUACCAAAUUGUUAAAAGAUGGCAUUAACUUGUGCUCGUUUUACUCUAUGAUACGACAUUGUUAAUGAAUUUGAUUUAAUAGCUUGGUGUAAUCAUUUAUUAAAGAUAAAGAAUGUAUUGCUUGCUCCUCUGGAUAUUGUUUCCAUAUUGUUUCUUGUCAGAU